ACCAAUUCCUCUUCCAUUCUUCUGGUAUAUAAGCAGCUUGUUCUACUUGGGUUUGUUCAGCAUUUGUGGUGUCCCAGUUCCUUUAGUGUUCCUGUUGUUGAUUGGCUAAAAUUUGGCCAUAACCAAACCUGAAUGACAUUUCUACAUUUGGGAAUUUGAACUCUAUUACAUCUGUCUGAGUGGAGAGAAAUACCUGCCUAGAAAUUCUCCUCAACCCUGUUUAGGGAAUAGGAGAUUCCAUGACCAUGUUGACCAGUCUUCUGCUUCUCAGUGCUGCCUUUGCUCUGGGAGAUGCAAAUGCAUUGAUAGAAGAAGACUUGUGUCCUUCCGGUUGGACCAAAUAUGGAUCAAUCUGUUUAAUGUUUGUAAAGACUACGAGGAGCUGGCCUGAAGCAGAGCGGUACUGUGUGUCCCUUGGUGAUCAACUGGUGUCUGUACCCAACGUUGUCGAGUACCUUGGCGCAAACCUGGCAUCUGUGCACAGCUCCGAGGAGGACCAGUUUCUACAGGCGUUGGUCUUGGUCAAGACUGUUAGUUUCCCUCCUACCUGGAUUGGCGGAUUUUAUUCUGUUAAGGACAGGCGGUGGUUCUGGAGUGAUGGCUCCGACUUUGCUCACCAGAACUGGGCUAAAGGAAGGCCUGGUGCUGGUGCCAUCGAGACUUGUAUUCAUAUCAACUUUGGAGGUCAGAAGCGCUGGAACAAUGCUUUAUGUGGAAUGAGCUUGCCCUCUGUAUGCUCCCUGAGACUCCUGCCUCUCCGCCAGACUAUACAUUAGAAGCAGCAAUGCUAUUCCGUAGUGUCUGCACCCUUAAUACUUCAUGGUAACGUCUACACAUCAGAAGCAGCAAUGUUAUUCCGUAGUGUCUGCAACCUUUUCAUGGUAACGUCAAAAUACUUAGUUGCUGUUAAAUGAAGUCUGUUACUAACCAAAUGUUGAGGAAUUGUUUGCAGCCAAUAAAAUGUGGAUGCUA